UCCACCAUUAUGGGUACACUGUCAGAAGCAAAUGGUACCUUUGCCUUGAAUCUCUUGAAAAAGUUGGGUGAAAAUAACUCGAACAACUUGUUUUUUUCACCCAUGAAUAUCUCAUGUGCCCUUGCUAUGGUCUUCAUGGGAGCCAAGGGGAACACUGCCACCCAGAUGUCCCAGGCAUUGUCUUUAGAUAAAAGCAGAGCUGGAGAUGAAGAUAUUCACCAAGGUUUCCAGUUACUUCUCACUGAAGUUAACAAAACUGACACUCAGUACCUGCUCAAAACAGCCAACAGGCUCUUUGGAGACAAGACAUGUGAUUUCCUCUCUUCUUUUAAAGAUUCUUGCCACAAAUUUUACCAAGCAGAGAUGGAAGAACUUGACUUCAUUAGUGGUACAGAGACAUCCAGAAAGCACAUAAAUGCUUGGGUAGCCCAAAAGACAGAAGGUAAAAUCACAGAGUUACUGUCUUCAGGUGUAAUUGAUUCAAUGACUAACCUGGUUCUUGUGAAUGCCGUCUACUUCAAAGGGAACUGGGACAGCCCGUUUGACAAAAAGGAUACCAGGGAAAGACCUUUUAAAAUCAGCAAGAAUGAGCAGAAACCUGUGCAAAUGAUGUUUAAAAUAUCUACUUUCAAAAUAACCUAUAUAGGAGAAAUAUUCACUCAGAUUCUAAUGCUUCCCUAUGUCAAGAAAGAGCUAAAUAUGAUCAUCCUGCUCCCAGAUGAAAACACCACUUUGAACAUGGUUGAAAAAGAACUUACUUAUGAGAAAUUUAUGGAAUGGACACAUCCAGACAUGUUUGAUGAGGAAGAGAUGCUAGUCUACCUUCCUAGAUUCAAGCUGGAGGAGAAUUAUGACAUGAAGGAUGCCCUUUGCAGUUUGGGCAUGGCCGAUGCCUUUGUCCAAAGCAAAGCAGACUUUUCUGGAAUGUCUUCCAGGAGAGACCUGUAUCUAUCCCAGGUUGUGCACAAGAGUUUUGUGGAGGUUAAUGAGGAAGGCACAGAGGCAGUGGCUGCCACUGCUGGCAUAGUGCUGCCAGGCUCUACAAGGAUCACCCGACAGUUUUGUGCCGACCAUCCCUUCCUCUUCUUCAUUCAGUAUGCCAAGACAAACAGCAUUCUGUUCUGUGGACGCUUCUCAUCUCCAUGA